GCGAGAGAGGCAUCAAGGAGAGCCCAGAGCAGAGGAGGGGAGAAGGCUCCAUUCCUUCAGCUUGGUCCACUCUGUCUCGGCCUCUGCAGGCUGCGUCCUAACCAGAUCCACCGCGCGAGCAUCAGAAUCAGGAUGAACAUCGAGGUUGGGAACGUUUCUUAUACAGGAGCCAUCAUUUCCUGGUCAUCCUCGGAGCCCUGCCUGGAGGACUACUACCAUAUUAUGUACAGGCCCAACUGGAACAGCAUCUUCUCCGGUUAUCUGCGUUACAGCUUCCACCACGAGGAGAAGGUGCCUCGAACAAUCAGCUCCGUGGUGCUGGAACACCUCGCCCCUUCUACUCUCUACUUCCUGUGCAUCAGCUGCAAGAAGGCUGCCUUCCCCUAUAGGCACUACUGCACCAUGUUCCAUACCCUGGAUAAGAGCCCACUGGCCGCUGGGAGCUCCCUGGUGGACCCCCAGAUCUCCCUGUGGGUGUUGAUGGCCAUUCUGCUGGCCUGCUUUACGGCCGUCUUGGCUUUCAUCUGCCUCCAGUUCUGGUGUAUCCGCUGCCAUGAGCCUCGAUGGUCUUACAGAGCCGGCCACAUGGAGGAAGCCAAUGGGUUGGUGAGAUGGCCGGAGGAGGCCCCCGCGCUUGGGCAGAGGGAGGAAGACCUGCAGGGCCUCCCCCUGGUGGAGAUGCCACGCAAGAACUCCGGAGCAGAAGCUGAACAGGAAGCCGAAGGGGAAGCCAACCAGGAUGAUGCCGCUGACCAGGAUGCUGCCGAUCAGGGUGUCCCCGACGACGUGGGGGCCUUACUGAGGGGCAGUGGUGAUCAUCCUGCCAUACUGCCUCACUUUAGGGAGUGA